AUGCCCUAUUCACUGCAGCGUGGGCGGCCCCUAUACGAGCUUCACCCGCUUUGGACAUGGCUGAUCGCGGAGGCCGCGGACGUGGAGGUCGUGGCGGCGGACGCGGCGGCUUUGACGGAGGAGGUCGCGGCAGAGGUGGUCCAGACGCCGGGCGUGGAGGACGAGGUGACUACUCAACUGGCGGCCGCGGUCGUGGUGGAUUCGACGGUGGUCGUGGACGAGGCGGCUUUGACGGCGGUCGUGGUCGCGGAGGCGGUGGCCGAGGAGGCAGAGGCGGCGGUCGGGGUGCUCCCAACCCUGAGGAGUUGUUACCUUACAGGAGUCCACACGGCCCUGCCCGCCCGGACCGGCAACAGUCUUGACCAGAAGAGUGUUGGCAGUGACUUCUUCCCGUUGCGGCCUGCCUUUGGCACCGACGGGACCAAGGUGGUCGUCUGGGCGAAUUAUUUCCCCAUUUCUGUCAGUAAAUCGACUUUCUGGAAAUACACGGUCGAAGUGUCAGAGGUCAAGGAAGGGUCCAAGGGAGGUAAGGAGGUGAAAGGUCGUAAACUUCAUCUCGUCCUGGAUGCGCUCGUCAAGACACUUGAAGGUACCAAGUCUGUCGCAGCGACUGAAUACAAGUCGCAACUGGUCUCGACAAAGAAGCUGGAUCUGAAGGCCGGCCCAGUCCGUAUUGAGCUGCCUUGGCAAGAUGGCGAGGGCGUUGACAUCUACCAUGCUACCAUCAACGGGCCGACAGAGGUCGACAUGGAUCAGCUGUCAAAGUACCUAACCGCCCAGGACCACAGCUCUGACGAUCAUUCGUUUCCCAGAUAUCCCGAAUCUAUCGAUGCGCUCAACGUCAUUUUGGGUCACACCCCGCGGACCAAUCUGAGUGGCGUCAGUGCUGUGGGAAGCAAACGUUUCUUCCCCAUCGGUUCUGGCAACCCCCUUACGUCCGAGGUGGAGUUGUUCAGCAGCAACCCAUACGAGCUCGGGGAUGCACGACCUCUCAUUGCUUCUCGCGGAUUCAUCCAGUCCGCGCGCAUCAGCACGGGCCGUCUGCUACUGAACGCCAACGUCACCUGCGGCGUCUUCAAAGUCUCCGGCCCUUUGACAAGAAUAUUCGACAACCUGAGCCUCCGUGGCUUGGACUUUACCAAUCUAUCCAAGGAGCAUAAAAUAAUCCUUCGCAAUGCGGCAAAGAUCCUCCCCAAGACACGGGUCAAGGUGACCAUGAUGGUCAGGGGAAAGGCUGGUGGCCUCAAAAAGGUGCUCAAGAUGAAGGCCAUCAAUGCGCUGGUGUCCAAACAUAACAAGUCGAAACAUGGCGAUCAUCCUCCAAAAGUUGAUGUCAAAGUCUCGGAGUUUGCUGGGCCUCGCCAGGUCCAGUUCUGGUUGGAGGAGAAUGGCCAGGGCAAGUGGGUGUCUGUCUUUGACCACUUCAAGAACAAAUACAACAUGACUCUGGGCGACUAUCCCCUUCUCGACCUAGGCAAUGCUCAGAAGCCGAGUUUCUUCCCGGCGGAGCUUAUCGAGAUCGAGCCUGGACAACCCGUCAAAGCCAAGCUGAACGGUACAGAGACGACCAAGAUGCUUCUCCAUGCCUGCAAAAAGCCUCAGGUCAACGCGCGGCUUCUGGAGGACACCAGCCGUCAGGUGUUGUGCCUGGACGACAAAUACCUGGCCAAAUUUGGCAUCACUGUCGCCAAGAACCUUUUGGCCAUCGAAGCUCGGGUGCUCAACGCUCCCAAGAUCCAGUACCGCGGCGGGGGUCCCAAUACGAAAAUCAACCCUCGCGAUGGCAGUUGGAACAUGCAAGGUGUCCAGGUGCACAGGGGCGGCAAAGUAAGCAAGUGGACAUGGUGCGAGAUCGGGCCCCGCGAAUCGACGCCGGGUAUGCAGACUGCAGUCAACCGAUUCUCGCAGGUAGCAAAGGCUACGGGGCUCGACAUUGGCCCCCCAACCCCCGCUCCUCACCAUUUUAUGCAGGCGAAACCUGCCUUGGAGGGCGAUAAACUAGACAAGCUGUUCCAGUGGGCGCAGAGCCAGCGGAUCGGGUUCAUUCUCUUUGUCUUCUCCCCCAGGGAGGAUAAGUCCGGCGUGUACAACCGAAUCAAGGUGUACGGCGAUUGUAAGUAUGGCAUCCACACGAGUUGCAUGGUGUCCAGCAAAUUUUUGCCCAAGCAUGGCGGCACCAUGGAUGCGUCCUGGCGGCCCGAGGCUUACUUUGCGAAUUGCGCGCUGAAGUGGAAUCUGAAGGCUGGUGGCACCAACCACAAACUGGCCGAGGACGUCAAGACGCUGAAGCCUGAGGAGGCGACCAUGAUCGUCGGCUAUGAUGUGACCCACCCGACGAAUAUGCCCGCGGCGAAGACUGUCAAGAACAGCCCUCCCAGUCUGGCUGGCGUCGUCUCGAGCGUGGACAAGGAACUCGGACAGUGGCCCUCGACCGUCUGGGAGCAACAAGCACGCCAGGAAAUGCUCGAUAAUCGCCUGACGACAACCUUUGUGCAUCACUUGAGGAUGUGGCAGAAGGCGAACAAGACGGUGCCCAAGCAGAUUGUGAUCUACCGCGAUGGCGUCUCGGAGGGGCAGUUCCAGCAGGUGCUCGACAUUGAGCUGCCCAUGAUCCGUCAAGCCUGCACGGAGGUGUGCGGCAAGGCCGCGCCCAAGCUGACCAUUGUCGUCUCUGUCAAGCGUCACCACGCGCGCUUCUACCCAGCCGAGGAUGGCAAACAGACCAAGACGGGCAACGUGGCCUGCGGCACUAUCGUUGACCGUGGCGUCACGCAAGCGCGACUCUGGGACUUUUACGUGGUCGCCCACGCGGCGCUGCAGGGCACCGCCCGGCCAGCACACUACACGGUCCUCCUGGACGAGAUCUUCCGCCCGAAGCACAAGGCCGGGGCGGCCAACGAGCUGAUCAAGCUGACGCACGAGAUGUGCUACCUGUUUGGACGCGCGACCAAGGCGAUCAGCAUCUGUCCGCCGGCGUACUACGCGGACAUUGUAUGCGAGCGGGCUCGUGCGCACCGUCCCGAGUUCUCUGACUCUGACGACUCGGCGAGCGAGAGCUCCAAGCGCAGCGCCGGGCAGGCCAUAGCAAUCCACCCCAAUCUGGCCGACACCAUGUACUAUAUUUAA